ACUGGAGAGAGUAGUACUGACUGAGUAGUUUGUGCAGCAGAUUGCGCCUUUUCCGCAAAUGAGCAUUUGAGCGAUCGGGCAAAUCCGCGGUCUGUACAGGUGCAUUUUAAUCCGAAUCUUGGGCUAGUCUUAGUGCAUUGAGUGACCGACUGAAUGGGAUGGUUUUAGUGACGUUGCACGGCUUGGUACAUGCCUAUUGGCGAAGUGCGCUGGAGAUAUAGCUGCAUUAUCAGUCGAAACGGAUACAGCAGGAUCUGAUCGCUGUUUUAACACAGGGACAACAUCUGUGGGUACCUUUGCAACUCUUAUGGACAGCUGUUUUGUUCAUUGAAGGUGCGCAUUGUUCUAAAUACUCUAAAAACUCUAGUGUGCGGGCGCAUUCAUGGCAUUCAUGGCCAGCGCGCUUCUUGUCAUCUACUGAGUUUUAUUCCGUGCAUCUAUACACCUAUACACCAGGUACGAUGGCUGAAUCGACACCCAACGAGCCCUUGUCCGGUCUGGACGUGGCUAUCGACCCUGACUUUGAACCCCAAAAGCGACCCAGAUCAUGCACUUGGCCCCUGCCCGAGUCCAGCUCGGUGAAACCUGGAGCCACAGAGCCGGACAUCAUCCCUGAAGAAGAGGAUGAUGAAGAGGACAGCGCGAUGGCCGUGCAGGACGCCAUGAGAUCCACUGAUCAUGGUGAUGGACUCAACUCUGGAGGAGAUCAGGAUCUCACCGGGUCACCAGGAGCUUCCCAAAGCCAGAUCGAGAACAAAACGCUCUCCACGGAGGUGAACGGACAGGGCGCGCAACAGCAAACACCGCGCAAGUCCUCAUCGCGCAGGAACGCAUGGGGGAACCUGUCAUACGCAGAUCUCAUAACGAAAGCCAUCGAAAGCACCCCGGACAAGAGACUCACAUUGUCUCAGAUCUACGACUGGAUGGUCAGAAGUGUGCCCUACUUCAAGGACAAAGGGGACAGCAACAGCUCUGCUGGAUGGAAGAAUUCCAUCCGGCACAACCUGUCACUGCACAGCCGUUUUGUCCGCGUCCAGAACGAGGGGACUGGAAAGAGCUCCUGGUGGAUGAUAAAUCCUGAAGGCGGCCGAGGAGGCAAGGCACCCCGCCGUCGUGCCGUCUCUAUGGACAACGGCAACAAGUACACCAAGGGUGCACGAGGACGCGCGGCUAAGAAAAAGGCGGCGUUACAGGCCGCCCAGGAAGGAUCUCUAGAGAACGUGUCAACUGGGGGUCUGUCCAAGUGGCCGGGAAGUCCAACAUCACGCAGCAGUGACGAUCUGGAUUCCGGCUGGACUAACUUUCGUUCACGAACAAGCUCCGACGCCAGCACGAUAAGUGGCCGACUGUCACCCAUCCUGGCCAAUCCAGAGCUGGAUGAGGUUCCGGAUGACGAGCUGGGCCCACCCCUUUCUCCAAUGCUGUACUCCAGCUCCAGCAGCCUUUCUCCUCCAUCUUCAUCCUCUUCAAACUCUAAACAAUGCCCGGCUGAGCUUCCACGACUAGGCACUAUGAACCUCAACGAUGGGCUUACCAUUAUGGGUGACCUGUUGGACAACGUAACUCUUGCGAAGUCCCCACAAGCAGGUCAAGGCAGCUCCACUUUCACUUUUGGAAGCACCACUUCCUCUCCAGGAUCUUCUUCCACAUCCAAUGGAAGCAGUACCAGUGGAGGGUUCAAUAAUUCCCUAUUCGGCCCAUCCACAGGUGCGUUACGUCAGUCGCCCAUGCAGACCAUUCAGGAAAACAAGCAGACGUCUUUUUCAAGCAUCUCUUGCUUUGGGAACACUCUUCAAGAGCUUCUGAAUUCAGACUCACUUGGAUCCCACAGCCACAGUGACGUCAUGAUGACUCAGUCCGACCCACUCAUCUCGCAGACCAGUGCGGCCGUCGCCUCUCAGAGUUCUCGUCUGCGCAACGGCCUCAUGCACCCCAAAGACCCCAUGAUGUCGUCAUUCGGUUUCAAAGGUCAGAACGGUCUUCUUCAGAACAAUCGACAUCAGGGAUCCAACGCCAAGGGCUCGCUUCACCCGCUUCCCAAAAAUGGACACCCAGGCCUGGCCAACGAUAUCAAUAACGUAGUGUCGGCCAAACAGCAUCUCCAGCAGCAGUCGUCCACGUUGUUGACCGAGACCUCUCUUUACUCCGGGUUGAACGGGGGCAACGGAAUAGGGACGGACCGCUUUCCUUCAGACUUGGACUUGGACAUGUUCACCGAGAGUCUUGACUGUGACGUGGAUUCCAUAAUCCGCUCAGACCUAAUGAGCGCCGAUGUGCUGGACUUUAACUUUGAUGCCUUGGUGCAAAAUAGCGUCAACCUGAACCCUGUUGGUAACUUCAAUGGGACAGGACCGGCCAGUCAGAGCUGGGUGCCAGGCUGAGAGCCACCGCGAAGGCCCAGAUCUACAGUGCAAAAAAAGAAGAAAAAACAAACAAAACAAAACCCAUGAACAAAUCUCCAUCCAUCACAGACUCGUAUCGUCCAUUGCCAAGCCUGUUGCCAGCGCCAAUCACUGGAACAUAUGCCUGUUUACAGACUACAGCUGGGAAAUUGUACUGUCGUCCCAGUAAACACACAAUUAUCCCAACCAGCUUCCAGAUCCCUGCAGACAAACAAGAAAUGUCCAGAUAUGACACGUUUCACUGUUACACCAAGCUAAAAACGAACUAUUAAGAUACUUUUAAGAUGAAAAUAAUCAAGCUGUUUAAAGUUUAAACUAAGAAGCCAAUAAACAAAUUGGGGAAAUCUGAACAAAAGUCAUAUUAUUAAUCUUUAUACCAUGUACGAUCCGUGUACCUUUGGUCAUUCGCUUUUCACUUCAAAUCCCAAAGUUGAAAAACAAGAAAACGGGUCGUUUUUUGUUUUUCGUUUCAAAAACCAACAUUGAAACAUGGGAAAACAGGGUGUUAUUCAUUUUAAGAUAAAAAAAAUUUAAUAACAAACAAGCAGAAAUUGAAAAACGGCUCGUAUUUUAAUUUCCCGAAAUCAACAAUUUCUAUCAGUUCAACUGGAAAUAAACUCACAAGCGUGUGCACAUGCUAACAUGCGUGUAUUUCAUAUAUAGAAAGUGUAAAUCAAGCACAAGUGUUGAAAAAGUAAAACAACGUAACGGCGCGCCCCCUGUUGUUCUGACUUCUGUGUUUGUAUAUUUGAUGUGCAUAUACAUGUAUUUGCUCUAUCUGCAAAAAAAAAAAAGUAAAAGAGAAAGCGAUUUCCAAACUGGACGUUGUACACCGCCGUGGUCAUGUUAGUUUUAAACUGGAUGAUCGCCUGACGUCCGAGACAUCAUUUAUUUAUUGAUCUUUUAUCAUACAAAAUAAUAAUUUAUUUAUACAAAAAUUUAUAAAAUUGCAUGAACUAACUCUGCAGUAAACAAGGAGCAACAACAAUCAAAUAUAUUUCAAAAAGGUAUUUGGUUAAUUUUUAGUCAAAGCUGUUUCUUAAAAGUGCAUGAAGAAGAACGCUGAACGGGAAGCGGUGUAACGUUAUUAUUACUUUUUGCUAUUAUUUUGUCUUCUCAACACUUGUGCUUGAUUUACACUUUCUAUAUGAUGCAAAUAUACACGUUAGCGCGUGCACACGCUUGUGUGUUUAUUUCCAGUU